AUUACCCUGCUAAAAUUGCUGCUGUAGUUGUUGGCAAGGAUAAUAUAAACCUAAAGCACUUUCUGCACUCUCCAAUAUCUCCACACACACUACUACGUACUAUUUUAUUCAUUCUCUUUAUCUCUCUACUGCAACUUCUUCUUCUACUUUCAAACCUCUCAUCUCUUCCCAUACUCUCUGAAACACUUCCACUUUUUCACAUACUUUCUGCACUACUUCUUUCCUUCCAUUCUUCCCUGUCUCUGAAAACAUUAUUCAUGGAUAAUGAAGACAUAAUGAAAACUUUAGGAAAUGUUGAAAGCAACAUGGACAUGAUGACAAUGAUGAUGCAAAUGGAUGACAAGUUUCAUGAUUCAUAUAAUGAACCUUUUUAUACCAACAAUGAAAACAAUUUCCCUUAUGUAACUUCAUCAUUCACACCCUCUUUGAUCAAUCCUCCACCAAUAUCCUAUCCAUUAAUGACACCGUCUCUUCAAACGACGACCAACAGAGUUCAAAUCCCGUCAGAGACAGUUAACAACGCGUCGUUUUCCUACCCUCAGAAAAAGACAUCAAUGUCAGCAAUGAGGGAGAUGAUAUUCCGUAUGGCGGUUAUGCAACCGAUUCAUAUCGAUCCAGAAACAAUAAAACCACCAAAGAGAAAGAAUGUGAAGAUUUCAAAGGAUCCACAGAGUGUAGCAGCAAGACAUAGAAGAGAAAGAAUUAGUGAGAGAAUAAGGAUAUUACAAAGAUUAGUUCCUGGUGGAACUAAAAUGGAUACAGCUUCAAUGUUAGAUGAAGCUAUACAUUAUGUGAAGUUUUUGAAGAAACAAGUUCAAACGUUGGAACAAGCUGGAGCAAAUAAACCUUUGAAUUUUGUUGGGUUUUCAGGAAUGGUUUCUAAUGGGAAUAUUAAUUAUUAUUCUUCUAAUUUGCUUAGAGGUUGUUCAUCACCUUGUCAAAUUAUGGGUCCUACUUCCAAAAAAAUGCUUAGUUGAUAAGGGAUAGAAAGAAAAUAUGAAUUAUUAAUUGUUAAAAUCAAUGAAUUUGAUUCCAUGUCUAAUAAUAUAUUGCAUAUUUGAUGCUUAUAUUAAUAUGUUGGAUAUGGUUUUGUGGUUAAUGUUGGAAUAAUAUUUUGUAAGCAAAC